GCCCCUAUUGCGAUUGUCUUGUCUCGUUUCCAAGACAAACGUCAGUCUGGUGUCGGUAUUGCGAGUGUCUUGCUUGACACCGAUUUCUGUCUUGGAAACGAGACUCAGCUGUCUUGUACUCAAAGCUACCAGACUGGGAGUCUGCCAAACAAGACUGCGAUUUAAGAUUACCGUAACAGUUUUUUAUUUAGCAGACUGGCGGUUGAUUUGGAAUUUUUGGUUGAAUUUAAUGGAAUUAAUCAAUAACCUAUUACCAGUAAUCGAUUAUGUUCAAUUGUACGAAAUGGCACAUUUUCUGAGAACCAUGUAAUGGGCUUAAACCUCAGCAUUUGCUUUCGUGACGAUCGAGUUCCUGAAUAAAAAUGCAUCAGAGAUUGAGAAUAAUUGAACAAAUAUUGUACGAUUGAAAACAUUUUUUUGAUGAAUUAAAACACGUUAACGGUAAGGAAAUUCAAACUGCGCACGAUUGUUUACAAACAAAGCUGCGAUUUUGAUGGCUUUUGACAGCCAAAUGAACACUUGUUCAUUCAAGUGUUCAUGCGACACUCGCAAUACCGAUUUUAGACAACCAAGACUCGGCGGUUUUUGCCAGACAAGACUGGUCGAGUCUUGUCUCGGAAACGAGACAAGACAAUCGCAAUAGGGGCCAUAAUACGCUCAAGUUUUUAGUGUUGUAAAAUCGUUCCAGAAGCAAUCUAAAUUCUUCUGUUUGUGUUUAUGUGGUGAGGGUUUAACCUAAAUUUAGGUUUAGGGAAGCCUGAACAAAGCGCACACCUCCGAGCAAAGCGCACGCGCACUCACCAAUACACCAGCGCUUCACCAGCGGCCGGAACUCUGCUUGUUGGCCCGAUCUCGGGGUUUAAAGGAAAAUCUAGUCGAUUGAGCCUGAUUCUGGUUGAUCGCAAAUCGUCAAUCUAUCAUUCAGGGUUUCGGUAUUCAGUGGUUUUACUUAUUACGCAGUCCAAAGGGCAUCAGUGUUCGUUUUGAUGCUGGCGAAGUUUCUGUUGUGUAACUUUGCGACUUGUGUGUGUUCGUGAGCACUUCGUUGGGCGAGGCUAAAACCACACCAUCUUCUUCUGUGUGGUUAGUUUUAGAACUGGUUUCGAGGCGGGCACUCGCUCCUGUAAAUAUUAAGUGAAACAGCGAAGAACAAUACCGAAGUGAGCGGGCAACGACGGCGUGCGAGAAGCUUGCUAUUUUGGGAUAGUCGAAAAAGUGUUAUUUUUCCAUAACGAAUCCCUUUCGCAGUUUUGCUUGCGUGGCCACUUUUCUGUAUUCGAGCGCUGGAGGUCAAGCACUCCUCGUAGUCAGAGUGAAGGAAGUUAAUAAUCACCCCACUAGCGCCAUCUUUUCCGUGCGCCGUGGCAGCUGCAGAGAAAGAGAGAGAGCGACAGAGCGGGAGAGCGGCACAGAAGAAGAAGAAAAAACGGUCGUGUUUACUGUGUGGGUUAACUACCCAUCUCUUUUUCGAUUCCGUGGGAUAGAGAAAAAAACGGUCGCGCUUGGGCAAGGUAUCGUUUGCUAAAUGUGUUCUGUGAGUUGCUGGUGGACUUCGGCAAAAUUAUCGAAUUCGAGCCCUCAAAACAUCAGCGAGUGCUAGGUUUGGAAAUUUCCUAAAAAUCGAACUACACCGGCUAUAUGCGCAUAGCGUAAAGAAAUACAAAGAGGUGUGAUACGCAAUUCCGUCUCGUUCUCGCGUGAAAAAGGGACAGAAAAACAGAAUUCCGUGCAUGCUCGGUGGCCUUCAUCACUAGCAGAAGCAGGAGCAAGCGUGUGCCCUAAAUAGUCAUUGUGGAGUGGUGAAAGCCGCACUCAAACGAGCAGAUAAGCGAAUCAUAGCAGACCGUGCUAAGAAGAGUGUCUGGAGUCUGAGCUGAAACUCGUGAGUCGUGUCCCGGUUCUGUGUAGAAACCCGCAGGAAAAGUGCUUGCUCUCAGAGCUUUUGUGUGAUCCAGCGUGUGCUCUCUUAGUGGUGGUAGCAGAAACAGCGUCGUCGUCGUCAUGCCGAGCAAGCAGGCAAGCGAUGUGCUGGCCGUGGAGGAGCUGGUUCACGAAAUUCGCGAAAAUCUGCGCUUGAAAGCUAAACCUUCUCAUCAACCUACGCGCAGUUCACGGCCCUCGCCCUACCACAUCCCCUGCAGAUCGUGGUCUGAGCCUGUCUGUGGUGGGGUCGGUGUCGGCGCGGAAAAAAAGAUCGUCGGGAAGGCGAAAACGAAAGACGAGCAAACGAUAGACGACCCCUACGAGUUCCUGCAGACCCUGCUCAAGAACAACAACCUCGUCAAAGAAGCCGUCCGGCGGUUGCAGCACGGACUUUCGCCGAAGCAGCGGUACUUUUACGAGAGCGACGAGGAAUCUUCGCGGUCUCCUAUCGUGGUCGUGUGUCAGCUGGAGUCCUAAGUAUCUUUAGCCUUCGCGAAGCAAAGCAUUCUAGGUUUAACAUAAUCAACUAAGAAGAGAACUAGAAAUACUAAAUACUAGCUAAUAGGAGAAUUCGUACGCUGUACUGUUAAAUUUAUCGCAGGAAUGAGCAUAACAGUGCGCUAAAAUUAGCAAAUAGAGAUGGAUUACGUGUCGAUUGCCGUGACCCGAUACAGAAGUAUUUCCAAGCAAA